AUGGCCGCUUCUGAAACCUCGGCCUCAGUUCAUUCCGAUACACCAGACCUCAUGCUUUCAAGUGCAUUCCAAGCUACCUGUAACGCGAUGUUCAAGUCGCAGUCUAUCGACUCUGUCAAAGCAUCAACCUCCACGGGUUCCAGCUCCGGCAGCUCCAGCGCUACGUUUUACUCCUUGCCUGACGAAGAGCAACCGGAUGAAGUCUCUCCUCAGGCUCUUAUCGCCAUCGUUGACGGGAUUUUGGGUCCGAUUCAAGAGCCGUUGCCGGGCUUCGGCCCCCGAAAUACGGUUGUUGGUGGCGGUAAUAGUGAUCCGAUCCCUCAACCUCCACCAACACCACCAAGGACGCCGCCUCCUGGUUUCCCUCGUCCUCCUCCCCAGCAGGGCGUGGAACGUGAUCAUGCGGCACCAUGGGAUGUAGUCAGUGAUGACGAAGAGGCCAUGGAGGCUGAAUGGGAGAGCCUGUAG